AUGGAGGGGUUUAGCAUCCCAUUGAGAUAUAAAAGCCUCCAAAAACUGGACACCAACUCUUCCUCGCUGAAACAAGAACAUCUGAGCUCUACACAACGACUGAUGGACUCUUGGUGCAAGUCUAAUGUUGAUACAGCCGUGAUGGACGUAUACUGCAGUAAUAAUGUUCUUCAGGCCAGGAGAGCCGUGGAGCAGCUCAGACUAGAGACAGAACUACAGAGAAUCAAGAUUUCGGCAGCAGCAGAGCAGCUUGUUCAGUACUGUCAGGAGCACAGGAGAGCCGACCCGCUGCUGACCGGGAUCAACGCCUCCUCCAACCUGUUCAAAGACAAGAAGACCUGCGUGCUGCUGUGAACUGCUUCUGCAGCAGUC